CUCUCAGCAGCGCGCUCUGCAGGACACGGAUGAUUCCAGUCCAACCUCUCUACGCUUGUGACUAACUUUUCCUGCUCUUCAUCUCAGCACUGAUAAUAAUCGGAGACGGGAACAUAUCACUUGUACUUAAAGAGAGAAAACACAGAUCUGAGGUGGGACUAAGCGCUGAUUCACAUUCUGCUGAUUUCUUGUUUUUGGGGGUUGGGGGCCGAAAGUUAACAUCGCCAUGUUUCGAGGUGAUGCAUCGGAUCAGAGUCGGCGGUUCAGUGUCUUGUCUUGGGAUCAGGUGCAGCGUUUGGACUCGAUCUUGGGGGAGGCCGUCCCCAUUCACGGCCGAGGAAACUUCCCCACUUUGUCUGUGCAACCGAGCCAGAUUGUCCAGGUGGUGCGGAUGAGGCUGGAGGAGAGAGGUGUGUGUGUUAAAGAUGUGAGGUUGAAUGGAUCUGCUGCCAGCCACGUGCUCCUUCAGGACACUGGACUGGGCUACAAAGACCUUGACCUGAUCUUUGGGGUGUCACUUAAGGAUGACCAGGCUUUCCGUCUGGUGAAGGAUGUCGUGCUGGACUGCCUGUUGGACUUCCUGCCAGCUGGGGUCUCUAAAGAGCGCAUCACAGCCCUGACCCUCAAAGAGGCCUAUGUACAGAAACUGGUCAAAGUCUGUAAUGACACAGACCGCUGGAGCCUCAUCUCGCUGUCCAACAACAUGGGCAAAAAUGUGGAGCUAAAAUUUGUGGACUCUUUAAGGCGGCAGUUUGAAUUCAGUGUGGACUCUUUCCAGAUUUGCCUUGAUUCUCUGCUCCUAUUUGACCGCUGCUCAGAGACACCCAUGUCUGAGAGCUUUCAUCCCACUGUGAUUGGGGAGAGUGUAUACGGGGACUUCAAGGAGGCCAUGGAUCACCUGUGUCAGAGGAUAAUAGCUACACGCAGCCCUGAAGAGAUCAGAGGUGGUGGCUUGUUGAAGUACUGCCACCUGCUGGUGCGAGGGUUCAGACCCUCUUCAGAGGCGGAUAUGAAGCAGAUGCAGCGUUACAUGUGCUCCCGCUUCUUCAUUGACUUCCCUGACAUAGGCGAGCAGCAGAGGAAGCUGGAGGCCUACCUGCAGAACCACUUUGCUGGGAUGGAGCACAAACGGUACGAGUGCUUGACGACUCUGCACCAGGUAGUGAAUGAGAGCACCGUGUGUCUGAUGGGCCACGAGCGGAGGCAGACGCUCAGCCUCAUCUCCAUGCUGGCAUUGAAGGUGCUGAUCGAGCAGAAUGCCAUCCCCACUGUCACAAAUGUCACGUGUUACUACCAGCCCGCUCCAUACGUACAGGACCUCAAUUUCAGUAAUUACUAUAUUGCACAUGUGCAGCCGCCACAGGUCUCACCUUGCAGUCAUUCAUAUCAGACGUGGCUGCCCUGUAGCUGAACUGGUUGUGAGAAGCGUAGAGAUGGAUGUGUUUCCAUCGCUCUGUCUUUCAAAGGGAGCUGACUGACAAUACACAAUAAAAGCCUAUGUUUGCCAAAUGUGA